AUGUCGCAAUAUGGACGUUCCACCUCUCGCCGCUACGGAGCUGAAAAGAGCCUCCCCGACGGUAUUGACAGCAUCAGAUACAUCCUUGAGAAUCAACGUGGCCAUCGCGGCAGAUCCGCAAGCGUCAUUGGUCUGGUCAAGGACUUCCGGGCACCAAUAGCAACUAGAGGAUCAGUGGACAAGUCCAUCGAGGACGAGUAUGAGAGUGGCAUAAAAUUCAACGUAUUUCGACCUGAGGAUGAACAACCUCAGGUAGGAGUUGGCGACGUGGUCUUGGUCACCAAUGCCAAAGUAGACGAUUGGGGUGGUAAUACCUGCCUAUGCACUGAACCUGGAAAGUCGACAGAAAUCAUCAUUUUUCCUGCUGAUGAGAUCCCGAGACCUCCCACUUCGGCCAUUCACGCAGCGAAACCCACCAGGAAAUUGCAUAGGGGCAAACCGUCCAGGGCACCAACAGAUGCAGAGUGCGACUAUGUCUCCUGGAUUUAUCAUUCAAGUAACAAGAGCACGCUGCCAACUGUGUCCGAAUUCCAGCAAAGCACUGAGCGCUCUCUCAAUAUCAGAGACAAGUCAAGUCUCCUCAAAAAUGUUGAAGAGGGCAAGUUUUACGACUUUGUUGUCCAGGUCAUCAAAGAGCCGUAUGAUCAGAUGGACAGGACCACCAUUUGGAUCACUGACUAUACCGAGCACAACAAUUUCUACAAUUUUGCUUGGGACGGAAGUGACAUGCCAGGAGGACAGGAUGGUGAUCCGUUUGGCUACAUUGCCUCCAGGACAAGCAUGGAAUCUCGUAGCUGGCCUGGGCCAUUCGGAAAACGUUCAAUGCAACUCAGCUGUUUUGAACCACAUGCUUCCGAAAUUCGGGCAAACAUCAAGGCAGGUGAUUGGGUCAAAUUGAGGAAUGUACAAGUGAAAUUCGGCCGCAACGGAAAUAACAUGGAAGGAUUCCUAAGAGAAGAUCGAAACAGCUUCGGUGGGAGGAAAACCGUCGAGAUCCUUGAUGUACACGGCGACGAACCCCCAGAUGAGCUGCUCAAAGAAGCCAUUCGACGAAAACGGGACUAUGAAAAGACAGCCAAACAGCAGAAGAAGUCAUUCGCUGCCGCCAAUGGCAACAAGCGGAAAGCAGAGCAGCCCGUGGAUGACACAAAACUAAACUCCAGGCAACGCCGCGAUGCGAGGAGAGCUGCGAAGAACAAGCAGCUUGUAGAGGCUGAGACUAAAAGGGAAGGGCUGCUCGGCCUUAACGAACUUAUAAAGAGCGCGAGCAUCGACGAGCCAGUAUUUCCGCUGUCCACAAUUGUCGAGCAGGUUUCGUUGACGACGAAUAUUGAUGGCGAGCAAGUGCAAAUGACGCUACCCUUCACCAAUGCCAGAUAUCGCGCGCAUGUGCGGGUUGUCGAUUAUCGCCCGCGCAAACUCCAUAAUUUCGCCGUUUGGCGAAAGGCUACCGAGUACGACAUGCUUUCAGAUGGAGAGUCUGAUCCGGACUCGGGAGAUGACGAUAGGGACACUUUGGACGCCUUUGCCGGAAAAAAGACCUGGGAGUGGCGGUUUGCCCUCCAGCUCGAAGAUGCGGGACCCAAUGCCGGGAAGAAUGGCCCGCCGAAACGAUUAUGGGCAGUGGUGAAUAAUCCAGAAGCUCAAUACCUUACCAAUAUGGACGCUUGUGAUCUUCUCGCAAAUCCCGAAGAGUGUUUUCAAUUGUCGGAACAACUCUUCAAGCUUUGGGGCAAUCUCCAAGAAUACAAGGAGCAGGAGUCCAAGGCGCAGAGUCAGUCGCGCAGACGCCUGGCUGCUAACCAGGCGCCCCCUGACAGCUCAGAUGAUGAGAAUGGAGCUCAUCAACAAGAUGAUGCCUCGAAACAGGUUGCACCUGGAAUAUCGAAUAAGCCUUUUGCGUGUUGUCUGCGCCAAUAUGGCGUCGAAAUAAGCGAGAGCGACCCUAGGAAAUGUAAUGCUGGCCAUGGCAAGCGAUAUCAGCGAAUGUUUGGUCUUUUUGGAACGAGAAUAAGUUGA